AUGCAGUUGAAAAGCAGACGAAACUUUUGGAGCUCCAGCGUGAUUUGAUAUGGACUUCUGAUUCCAUUUUACUGGAGACCAAAGGAAAAAGUAAUCCGGUCCUAGGACGAACUGGUCAAAUCAGUCAGAAGUACCCGUGUGUCAAGUAAAGGUUAUCUGUGACCGUCUCCAGGUCGGCAACCCGGGACGCAACACAUCCGUGUGCAUAGAAAUUGUCUUCUACACCUCAGCCACGUCUGCGACGAGUAGUGUUAACCUGGACACUCAGAUUCCAGGCGGGUUUGUUCUUCAACUGAGGCUGCCAUGAAACUGUAAACAGUCUCCCCCAGUGCAUUUUCUUAGCAUACUCCAAGAGUGUUUCCGCUGAGUCCGUACAGCACAGGUGUCUUUUGCGACCAGGAUACACACCAGUGGCUGCUGAAUCAGGGCAAAAACAUGAGACUUUAACUUUUGGCGACAACAGUGACCCAUACCUAUGUGGUGAGGGUGCAUUACUCCGGAUUUCUCGUGACCAGUUCGGUGCCUUGUGGUUUUGGCAUCAGCCACACACAACCCUGGGGAAAUGCAGCUACAUUUGUCAGCAAGCAAUGAUUCACAACCAACCGUCUCUGCGUCCGCUUCGACGUGGGGUGAGAUCACCACAACAAUCACCACAGGCGAUCUCACGGACAGCAUCAGCAGCAGCGACAGCGACAUCGGGGGCAAGGUGGCAGCAGGGGUGGUCGUCCCUCUGUUGGUGUUGGCCGUUGGGCUGGCCGUGACGUAUUACUGUUACCGCAAGCGCUUCCCCGUGCGCAUGGUGAUGGGCCGUAACUUCGGCAAGUUCAGUAACCCCAACUACGCCCGUCCUGCGCGACCCCACAGCCUGGUGAGAAAAGAUGCCGAUGAUGUCUUUCAGCAGAUGCAGCCUGUCAGCGUGUCCACCGUCAACCUCGAAAACGGUAACGACUAUGAGAAAACCUACGUCAACGCUGCUUUCGAGUUCGACUCGCACGACGUCGAUGAGGAAGAAGUCGAACGUCGGUUUCGCCAGCACAAGCCGUAUCUUUUCAAAGCGGCGCGCGGAGACGAGGUAGAUGGAGACGCUGGCAGCUACGACGGCACCGAUGAUGCAGCUGCGGUAGACGACGUAGACGAGACUGAGGUGAAACGCAAAAAGAAUCACGGGAACGCGCCUCCGCAAGGCCCGGGUGACAGAGUUAGAGAUGAAACUUACCAAAAUGUUCUCCAUGCAGGCGAGACCCCUACCGCCACGAUAACCCACGAAAAGCGUCAAGGUCAAGGAUAUCUGUCUGAGGAAUCAGCGUUCAUCCCUGACGACUGUCAGCGAGAAAGCAAGAACUCCAGCAAAAGCUCUCAGGACUACGACGAGGAGGAUGGCUGGAGUGACGACUUUUCGUCGGUCGCCUCAAACAGCUUUGACGAAGAAUCACAGGCCACGGCUCCACCCAUCAGUGUACUUCAACAUGAGCUCAAUAACGAAGAACGUUGGUCUUCAACGUCAAAAGUUCCAGAAAGUAGUUCAGUUUUUAUUGACAACCCUGCAGUUAAACCUCCUGGAAAUGCGUAUGAUUCGUCCAUGACUGUCAAAGAGUUUCUGCAGCGCAUCAAAGAGCAGCAUGGUCUAGCAGGAGAGGGACAACAGGGGACGCUUUAUGGAAGGAAUCCUAGGUCUGGAAGCCUAGUUACUCGGUCUGAUGUUGCAGCGUUGGCCAAAAGAAGGUCGCAUUCUUUGGUCGGUGCAAUCUAUAGGGAUGAUAAGGCUGUCCCCGAACCUUUAAUAUUGACGCAGCAGUCAUUAACAUUUGUAAACCCCGAAGACAGUUAUAACUCUUUUGCUGAAAGUAAACAUGCACCAAACAGUUCUGUUUUUGCUACAUACGACGAUCUCUCGGUACUGGCUAACAAUCAUUUCAAAGAUGAACGGAUGAAUGGUGACAACUUGCAAAGGAGAGAUGGUGAGCUCGCAGCGGAGAACAGUUACAAAAAUCCAAGAUAUUAUACUGUGUCUCACGCCGAGACUGAAGUGAGGUCACAGUCACUCUCGUUUGCAGAGCUCGAUGCCAGUCAGGUGGCCCUCACUCAAGAUGACAUCCAGGCCAGUUACAAGGAGACAGAUAAUUCGCAAAGAGGCAGUGAGUCCCUUCUUGACGCUUUAGAGAACGUCCACUCACCAGACCCUGAGCCAUAUAAGAAUGUGAGUCUUGUAGAGCAUGAACCAUAUGAGAAUGCCCACAUUCCAGACCAGGAACAAUACGACACAGAAAAUGUCAGACUUCCAGAGUUUGAGCGAUAUGAACCAGAUAGCAUCCACCUUCCAUUGCCUGAGCCAUUUGUCACAGAAAACAUCCACCUUCCCCUGCCUGAGCCAUAUGACACUGAGAACAUCCACCUUCCACUGUCUGAGACAUUUGUCACAGAAAACAUCCCCCCUCCACUGCCUGAGCCAUUUGUCACAGAAAACAUCCACCUUCCACUGCCUGAACCAUUUGACAUAGAGAGCAUCCACCUUCCACUGCCUGAACCAUUUGACAUAGAGAGCAUCCACCUUCCACUGCCUGAGCCAUUAGACAUAGAGAGUAUCCACCUUCCACCGCCUGUGCUAAAUGACACAGAGAACGUCAGUCUCCCAGACCCGGAGCCACAUGACACCGAGAUAAUCAGCCUUUCAGAACCCGAACCGUAUGUCACGAAUGGGAUACCAAUGUCGCUCGGCUUUCUUCGGAAUCCUUCAGACAAUGUUUCCGAAAGCUAUACAAAUGCUUCUGUUCUCCUCCCUCAAAACCCCGACAGCAACGUUGGCUUAAGCCACGAAGAAGAUUCUUCUAGAACACAGUCAGAGAAAAGCUUGGUGGGGUCAGAUAAAACCGCAUCGACCACAGACGAGGAGACAGAAAGGAGAGAAAGUGUUCCGUUAAGAACACUGACAGCUGAGUCGGAUGCGUAUAGUUCUCCUCAGAUAUCAUCGGAUGACUCUGACCUAGAAACUAAUGUACCAAAGCAGAUCGCACCCACUAGCAGUCGUCACGAGCCUCAGCGGAAGUUGCAGCUGGUUCCAGGAAUCACGUUCUCGGACUCCUCAAGCGAUGACAACGAUGAACGGAAAAGUGAGGUAACUUUGACCCAUGGACUUACUAAUCCCUUACAGAAGGACCUGGACUCGAACGUGAAAUCAAGGAACGAUGGCAGUUAUGUGACCCUAAGAGGACACACACCAGUCGAACCGACACGACUUGUUACUCGCAACAGACCUGUGGGUCUGGCCGCCUUGCGGUCGCUGGAAGCGACUUACCGGACCAAGGAAGGAGAAGAUGACAACAACGACGAAGAGGAGUAUGAGAAACUGACUUUUGACGAUAUCGAUUCAGCACUGCAGGAUUUCGGCGGCCCAGCUGCACGUGCGCAGCCAAAAGUCUCCGGCCACAAUAACAAUACCAAGAACACUUUUGUUUUUUCAGAAGACCAUCCUGAUGAUAUUGAUGUUUGAUAAGCAUUAUGCAGCAGCAACCUUUUUAUAUUUUUUGUUUGUUUUGUUUGUUUGGUUGGUUGUUUUGUUGGGGAGGGAAGGGGUGUCCAUGUCUAAUCGAGUAUCGCUUCAAACUGUAAGAAAAUAAGUUUUCAAAAUAAGAUAGGUUGAAAUUACUUGUCUUAACCUUCACCUAUUUAUUAACGUAUAAAUUUGUGUCUACAGAUGAUUCAUAUAUCUUAUUUUUUGUUUUUCUGGAUCUUCCGGCGAAUUAUUAGAAUUAACAUUCUAAACUGUGAUAAACUCGCUGGCUUGAGGAAUGUUGUCCGGUUAAAACCUCGUCAAUGGAUGGAUAAGUGACAGUUUAUCAGUGAUCGUUGACUUGAACGACUAGAGUGAAAGCGACCCUUUACUUUCAACAAAAGUAGAAAUGAAUGAUAGUUCGAAAAGUGGUUGUACAAACUGAGUAGUCCCUUUUGCCUCUUUAUUGGACGACUACUUUUUUCUUCUAAUUGUUUCGCGUAAAGUCUCUCUUUUAGUGGAUAUUUAUUUUUUGCAGGGCUAAGAAACUAGGGGACAACUCUAUAGUUAUAUUGGUAUUUCUUCUAUUAUUGUUGUUGCUGCUAUUGAUGAUCUUUACUCCAAACGUUUCAGAUUUCUUGAGUAUGAGGAGAACUGUUGUAACCCUUCUGUCGUACUUAACCUUACAUAACUUAUGACACGUCAGCACAGAAGAUUUCGUGGGGUCUCACGUGAAGACGCAGCUGGUAUUGGUGAUCGAGCAUCUCAGUUCCCUUGAUAUUCCAUUGAACAUGUUAUUUGUAACACGGAGCUUGCGUCCAUUCCCAUGGAGGUUCAUAUACGCUCGGUUCUGGACAGGAUGUGAUAAACCUACAUGAACUAAACGUGUUAACAGCACAAAAAAAACUUGUAUGUGUAGAUGCGUCUGACCAGCCGUCAAACAAAAAGACAUUUAAUGUCUUCAUAAAUCCCGUUUUAUUAUUCUUUUGAGAUCAUCACAAAACUGUGUGAGAUUUAUGUAUGAACAAUGACAAAAACACUUAUCAGUUAAUUAUAUGAAAUCACUUUUACCUGAGAACAAGAAUAAAUGAAUCACAUAAUCCUUGCCUUCUUCGGAAAUGAAGAACAAACAACUUGAAAGAAGUCUUCGUUGUCUGAGUCAGUUCGAGUCUUUAUCAGUGUGUUACAUAAUCUUAAUAAAUAGAAGGUUGUACCAAUUUAUAUUGUGAUUCUUAUCGGAUGUUAUAUAAUAUAACAAAGGUAGCGUUGACUAAAGCACAACAUGUCAUGUAGAGAGACUGAGGAGCCUUAAAAUAUUAUUAGUGAUUUUUUUUUUUAUUUCAAGAUUAGUCGUUCAGAUCAGCUUGCAUACUGUACACAACCUAGGGCUAUGUGUUUAAAAAAAAAGCAUAACCCUCUUACAUAAAAAUUUGUCAUUUGUCCCACUAUAUGCCGGCGCCGAUCGUGUACAUGUUCAUUAGUAUGGUUGCUUAAUAUCUGCGUGCUUGCAGACGUGUUUGCGUGCAAGUGGUGUAUUCAGCAUUGUCAGCCUCUGGCCGUGCAUGCGUUCUAACGUUAGAUUCUAAAAACAUAGCUACAGGUCAUCGUUUUAAUUAAAUCUGAUGAUUAUGUGCAAUAAAGUAUGUGAAGAACUCUUGU